UUGAGUCCCAGCUUCAUGGGCUUCAAGUAAUGAUACGUGUGCCAUACUUACCUCAUUGAUAUCUCCUUGAACUCUCACUUCUGUCUUCUGACUUGUGUCCAAAAGGUACGCUUGGAUGACGUGGUCAUGAUCUCUAUGACAUUACCUUGACAUUACCCUGACAUGUGCACAACCCGCUUAUAAUAACACUUCCCUCACCAUUUAUCUCAAAUCUCCUCUAGCUCUUGCACAUUAACCUGUACACAUUUCAAAAUGACAGAAUCGAUCAUGCAUUUCAAUGCUUCCCUCUUCUCUCAGUAUCCUGAUUUUCUUGAUCACUUGACAAGGAGCAUCGGGGACGCAAAGCCUGAACUUUUUCUCGUGUACGAAGGUCUACAGCCUACCUGGGUAGAAAGUGCAUGGCUUUUUCUCGAGACUCAGCAUGAGGACCUAACCAUAAGAAAGUCUUUUAACUCCAAAGUCGGUGUUUUUACUCUCCACAUUACGCCUUCUUAUAUACACAACGCGAUAGAGCCAUGGCAGGCGCAGUGCCAAAUGCUUUGGCAUCUCAAUAGCCUAAUAACAUUAGAUGAGUGUCUAGAUCUUCAUGCAUACCACGGUGCAACUCUGGAAUUCCGUGAAGGACGAUACCGUGGAAGUAGAAAAGAACCAGACGUUUUUAUUCAGUCCAUCUUCGUCAAGAUACCCACGCUCGUUAUGGAGUGUGGUUGGGCGGAGUCUAGUCCCGCACUCGAAAACGACAUGAAUCUUCUCUUGGUAGGUGGCAAUGGAGCGGUCAAGCGAGUAUUCAUUGUCAAAUGGACAAGACACUCGGACUACUAUCAUGUUAGCGGUUUUAUUAAAGUCUUUAAACUGGACUGCGAUGGAAUGCCAGUACAAGAAGGACCAAUACAUACCAUCUUUCCAGCGCCCUCCAACUCCCAAGAUCAACGCAUCAGCAUCUGCCGAAAGGACUUAUUCGCUGGAAGCCCAUACGCUAACAUAAACCCAAAUGGCAUGCUGGACCACCCCAUCGAUCUCUUGCGCAAAAUCGCCGCGCUUAACCUAGACCGCAUGGGGCUUACCCCAAGCACUUAAUCUUCCUUCAUGCAAAAGCAUGUCCGAAUUAGUUACGGAGUCGAAAUCAGUUCUGCCAUAUGGCAAGGAACUGCGAGCAUAUUUGACGUGGAUGUGGCUUAAGGAAGGUUGGGUAUGGGAUCGUCAGACAGGACAUAGAGCUCGAGCUAGUGAGAAGAUGAUGCGAACUGCACGCUGCAGCGGAGUGGCCGUUGAAAAGAAUGGGAAUCUGAUACUGGAAAUGUCACCAGUAAAUAAAGCUGCGAAUGGUCUGACUACGUGGGAUUAGACAUUGGCGGAUCGCAUGGAUAUGGAGUUAGUUUGUCGACAAGUCGAUGGACAUUAUUGUGAUCAUUGUUUCCGAAAAG